UUCCACGAGAAAAUGAAUGUCGAUAUAGCCUUUGACGGGAAUGAGUACACACACAGUGGGUACUCGAAGAAUUCCCUCAUAGAGGACAAAAAUUACACCCUGGAGUAUGAGAAGUACGUCCAUUUUGCCUUCUUUACUUGUUACUACAUUUCGCAUAUAAAGGGUGCAAAAUGCACAGACACGGAGGUUUUGGCCUGGUAUUUAAAAAAGUUUGAGCAUGUGGUCAUUAAUUCCACAAAAAAGGUAAAAAGAACAUAUUUUAAUUUAAUAAACAAUCUAAUUCAGGAUAAAUGUGUGAAGGCCAAGCUAGAAAACAAUAAGAGAUAUUUGACCCACAAUGAGCAUUUCAUUUUGUGGGCGUGGAAGCGGCGAGCUCUCAAAUUCGACCGGGAUCAGUUCAACAAAUUUUAGGCACAGCUGAGGGGUGAUUCGUCAGGAGAGUGAGUUUGGCACGGCGUUCCUCCGUCUUCCGCAUUCUUCGUCUCGCCGUUUAACCAAUUUUUUUUGCUCAUUUUUUACUCCCGUGCGUCGAAUAAAUUUAUCACUAUUUUUUUGGUAACGUUUUUUUUUUUUUUCUCAACUCCGAUUUUGAAAUGGUAUAGUUGGAUGCUGU